CCGCCGGCUCGGCCCCGGCCCCGGCCCCGGCCCCGACCCCGACCCCGACCCCGACCCCGACCCCGACCCCGACCCCGACCUUCGGGCGAGCAGCCCCGGGGUGGAGAUUGUGGCUGCUCCUUUCUCAGGGUGAAGAUGAGUCUGCACCCCAACUCCCACCUCCACUUCAGGGUGGCCCCAUGGAGAGACUGCAGAAACGCUGGCUGUCCUGUCUUUGGGCAGACUGAGCAUGGUUAUUCUGAGACAAAGAGAAAUGGAGAAAGGAGGUGAAGACAGAGAGCAGGAAAGAUAGACACCUGAAGACCUGCUUCACCGCCUGCACAGGCGACUCCCCUGCAGGAGUGGUGACUGGCCGAGGAGAGUGGGUGCCAGCAUGUGGCGCAUCCUGCGGGGCUGUGGGGGCACGUGGAGCGCGCGAGGUCUGCAGAGGCCCCCAGGCCUGUGCGAGCUGUCGGGAGGCCCCCCGGAGGAGCACAGCUACGUGGUGGUGGGUGCGGGCUCGGCGGGCUGCGUGCUGGCCGGGCGGCUGACCGAGGAUCCAGGGCACAGCCUGCUGCUGCUGGAGGCGGGGCCCAAGGACACGUACCUGGGCAGCAAGCGCCUCUCAUGGAAGAUCCACAUGCCUGCGGCCCUGGUGGCCAACCUAUGCGACGACAAGUUCAACUGGUGCUACCACACGGAGCCGCAGGCGGGGUUGGACGGGCGCGUGCUGUACUGGCCGCGUGGCCGCGUGUGGGGCGGCUCAUCGUCGCUCAACGCCAUGGUGUACGUGCGUGGCCAUGCGGAAGACUACAACCGCUGGCAGCGCCAGGGCGCGGAGGGCUGGGACUAUGCGCACUGCCUGCCCUACUUCCGCCGCGCUCAGGCGCACGAGCUGGGUGCCGACACCUACCGCGGAGGCAGCGGCCCGCUGCGAGUGUCCCGGGGCCGCACGCGCCACCCGCUGCACUGCGCCUUCCUGGAGGCGGCGCGCCAGGCCGGCUACCCGCUCACCGAAGACAUGAACGGCUUCCAGCAGGAGGGCUUUGGCUGGAUGGACAUGACCAUCCAUGAAGGCAAACGCUGGAGCGCAGCCUGUGCAUACCUACACCCUGUGCUGAACCGCCCCAACUUCAAAGCUGAGACCCAGACGCUGGUGACUAGGGUGCUGUUUGAAGGCACCCGGGCUGUGGGUGUGGAGUACAUCAAGAAUGGCCAGAGCCACACGGCCUAUGCCAGCCAGGAGGUGAUUCUGAGUGGAGGUGCCAUCAACUCCCCGCAGCUGCUCAUGCUCUCCGGUGUAGGGAAUGCAGAUGAGCUCAAGAAGCUUGGUAUCCCAGUGGUGUGCCACCUUCCUGGUGUCGGCCAGAACCUGCAGGACCACUUGGAGAUUUACAUCCAGCAGGCCUGUACCCGCCCCAUCACACUUCACUCGGCACAGAAGCCCCUGAAUAAGAUCCGGAUUGGUCUGGAGUGGCUCUGGAGGUUCUCAGGGGAUGGAGCUACAGCUCACCUGGAAACAGGCGGCUUCAUCCGGAGCCAGCCCGGGGUCCCCCACCCCGACAUCCAGUUCCAUUUCCUGCCAUCCCAAGUGAUUGACCAUGGACGGACCCCUACCCAGGAGGAGGCUUACCAGGUGCACGUGGGGACCAUGAGGGGCACGAGUGUGGGCUGGCUCCAACUGAGGAGCGCCAACCCCCAGGACCACCCUGUGAUCCAACCCAACUACUUGUCAACAGUAGGAGAUCCGGCGACGGGAAAAGCCCCUGGCGGUGUACACCUUCUCCAACCGCAGCCAGAAAGCGACAUUGUAGACUUCCGUCAUUGUGUGAAGUUGACCAGGGAGAUUUUUGCGCAGAAGGCUCUGGAGCCCUUCCGGGGUAAAGAGCUCCAGCCCGGCAGCCAUGUCCAGUCAGAUGAAGAGAUUGACGCCUUUGUGCGGGCCAAGGCAGACAGCGCCUACCACCCGUCGUGCACGUGCAAGAUGGGUCAGCCCUCAGAUCCCAGUGCUGUGGUGGACCCGCAGGCCAGAGUCCUCGGGGUGGAGAAUCUCCGGGUGGUGGAUGCCUCCAUCAUGCCCAGCGUGAUCAGUGGCAAUCUGAAUGCCCCCACUAUCAUGAUUGCUGAGAAAGCAGCCGACAUAAUUCGGGGCCGACCUGCACUCUGGGACAAGAAUGUCCCCAUCUACCAGCCGGAGACCCUGGCCACCCAGCGUUGAGAUGUCUACAGGAGCCAGCCAUGGACUGAAAAGAACAGCUAAGUCAAACUUUGCAUCUUAAGCCAGCAAUGGUGCAGUUGUGCAGAAGAAAAAUUGUCAGGCUUGAGCAUUUUGGAAGGUGACAUUUAAGCAGCAUUACAAAGCUCUUGGAUCUUUCAACCUGUUGUGCUUUCAUAAUGUAAUCCGGUAACUUAUUUUUGAAUUGAACUAUCUUAUCUCAAUUGUUCUUACACUGUAAUGAAAAUGAGAUGCAUUUUGGAUUGA